UAAUAUCUAUAUUCCUAUUGUCACGCGUUACACAUACAUAUUACAUUUGGGAAAGGAAUCGCAAGAAAUCGGCAAAGGAACGGUCCAAAAUUAAGACCCAAACAGCACCUUACGCGUCAAAGCCAAACACUCCCAAAAGUGCAUCUGGGAUUGGAAUCUGAGCAAAUGUAAGUCAGAGGAUCUUUUGGAUCAGAAUAUUUUCUUUUGGACAUCGAAGAAGCAUCUGGGAUUGAAUAAAUAUUCUGGGAGACUUUUCUAGUUCAAGUGUUUUUUGCACUUGGAUGUCAUAUUCCAGCGGCUCAUACUUAAUGCUUCUGUAAUUCCCAAUUGUUAUCAAUAGAGGAAACAUUUCUAGCAGUGAUGGGGACAGAACUUGCUGGACCUCGAGUCAAAGAAGAGAAAAUGGAAAUUCCAUCAAUUCCACCUGGUUUUGAGUCACUUGUUCCCUUCACUUUGAAAAGGGUGGACGAUCAUAAAGGUUUUUCCUCAGCAUCAGUUAGUGUAUCGGAGCCGCAAGCAAGCCAGUUAAAAACAGAGUUUGCAUGUAAAAAUGACUCUAGUAUUAUGAAGACCCUCAGGCGUAGAUCUUCCAUAAACUACAGCCAGUUCAGUAACAGCUCGAGUGAUGAUUCUGAUUCUGAGCAGAAAAUGGCUUCAAGGCUCCAGCUUCCUAGAGGGGUUAUUCGUGGAUGUGAAGACUGUAACAACUGCCAAAAGGUAACUGCAAAAUGGCGUCCAGAAGAAGCUCGCAGGGCUGAUCUUGUGGAGGCUCCUGUGUUUUAUCCAACAGAAGAGGAGUUUGAAGAUACAUUAAAAUAUAUCUCAAGUAUACGCUCUAAAGCAGAAAUUUAUGGGAUCUGCCGCAUAGUACCUCCUCCUUCAUGGAAACCUCCUUGUCCUCUGAAGGAGAAAAAAAUUUGGGAGAGGUCUAAGUUUACCACUCGUAUCCAGCGAAUUGACAAACUUCAAAAUCGGGAUAUAGUGAGAAAGGCAUUGCAACUCAAUCGACAUAAGAGGAGGAAAAGGAGAAGAUGCAUGAAAAAUGAAGUUGAUCAUGGAAUUGCUAACUAUUAUAUCAAGAUUCCUGUUGAUGUUGGACUACAUGAGUCCGAGAGGUUUGGCUUUGACCCUGGUCCCGAUUUUACACUGGAUACAUUUCAAAAGUAUGCUGAUGAUUUCAAGGCCCAGUACUUCAGGAAAAACAAUAUUAGUUCAAAUUCGGAAGGUAACAAAACUAUGCUUGAGGAGCAGUUGCAUCCCUCAAUAGAGAAUAUUGAGGGUGAAUACUGGCGGAUGGUAGAGAAACCAACGGAAGAAAUUGAGGUGCUUUAUGGGGCUGACUUGGAAACAGGAGUAUUUGGAAGUGGGUUUCCUAAAAAUUCUCAUCAAGCUGGUUCUGCUUCUAACAUAAAGUAUAUCAACUCGGGAUGGAACUUGAAUAACUUCCCUAGGCUUCCCGGUUCUGUUCUUUCAUUUGAAAGCAGCGAUAUAUCCGGUGUUCUGGUCCCUUGGCUGUAUAUAGGAAUGUGUUUUUCUUCAUUUUGUUGGCACGUUGAGGAUCACCACUUAUACUCAUUAAAUUACAUGCAUUGGGGAGCUCCAAAAAUGUGGUAUGGUGUUCCUGGAUCAGAUGCUUUGAAACUGGAGGCGGCUAUGAGGAAACAUUUGCCUGAACUCUUUGAAGAACAGCCAGACUUGCUUCAUAAGCUGGUCACACAACUCUCCCCCUCCAUCCUAAGAUCUGAGGGUGACAAGAUAAAGUUUGCCUCGGAUUCGUUAAUUUGUCUCCUCUCUCACAAUCUACACUUCCUUUCUACGCAGGUACUUCAGGGUAUGGACCAAGAUCGAGUUUGUACGGAGUACUGGAAAUCACGGCCCUUGGUACAGAUUCCUCAACAUUCUCAAACUUUAGACCAAUGUGGCAAGUACAUUGUGAAGUCUGAACCCUCUAAUGAUCAAGAAAUGUCCGAAAGCCACCCAUUACAUACUGGGAUUGACAGAAUACUUAAUGGCCUGUUCAAAAAGGCAAGUUCAGAAGAACUGCGUGCACUGUACAGUAUUUUGAAUAGCAAAAAUCCGACUAACAAUUGA